AGUGCCGGAUUCUGCGCCUGGGAGAGGGCAGCUCUGGACAAAUGGAAAGGCUGGUUUCUUGUGUACAAAAAAGGCCAGAUGCUCUUUGUAGACUGAUUUGCUUUCCGUGGUCUGGAGGUGGAACUUCACAACUUGCUCAAUGGGGCAAACUCUUCAAUGACUCAAUUGAAGUGUUCUGUAUAAGGCUUCCUGGAAGACAAACUCAUCUUGAGAAGCCUUUUGCAAAAGACAUGGCAAGCAUAGUUACUGAAGUUACAAGUGCUUUGUUAAAAGAAUUGAAAGAAAAACCAUUUGCAUUUUUUGGUCACAGUUUUGGAACUUACACAAGUUUUGCUGUUGCACUUCAUUUGAAAGAAAAGUACGGAUUGGAGCCAGUCCAUCUUUUCAUGUCAGCAGCACAUGCCCCAAAUUCUGCAGUACAUCUUGCCCUCAAAAGCAUAGUCAUACCUGAAGGAAAUGAUGAACUUCUUGCAUGUAUGGAGAUUCUAGGAGGAAAUUAUGACCUUCCACAUGAUGAAGACACUAGGAAAAAUAUGGCGCUUAAUUUCAGAGAAGACAUUAGAAUUUUUAAGACAUUUUCAUUUGAGAAGGCAGAAAUGAUCCCCUUCUCUUGUGAUAUUACCUACUUUUCUGGAUCUGAUGAUAAAGUAUAUGAUGCACAAGGUUGGCGAGAGCUAACGAGUGGAGAUACUGCCUUUUAUGAGCUUCCUGGAGAUCACUUUUAUCUGCUGAAACCAUCUAAUGAAAGUUUCUUGAUAAAACACAUCACAAGAUGCAUAGAAAAUGCUGGUUUAUGA